AUGCACAUGGUGAUUGCGGCGAUGUGCAUGGCUCCAGAGGCUCAUAGAGAAUCUAGUGGUGAGGAGGACCACGACGACGGCGGCUCGGUCAGCCGAAUAUCGUUGUCGACAUUUGUCACAAAUCGUUGGCCGCCGCGCGACGACAGUAACUCCCCGCCCUUGGUGUCCAUGCACGCGGCACAGGCACAGGCACAGCCUAAAUAG